CCAUUAUUUUAAGUUUUACCCUAUCAUAGAGUUGACAAUGUCAGACAACAAAGAAAGGAAGAGUGAAGGUAUUCCUAAAGAAGCUAUGAGUAAACAAGACACAUCUUCAUUAACUGAGGCUGUAGAGCAAGUUGCAAAACAACAGCAAUCACAAAUAUCCGAAAUAGAAAAAAACAAAAAAGUUCUGUUCCAUUUGCAGAAUGAACUUCAUGAACUUGAAAAACAAAUAGCAGCUGUCUCUCAGGAAACAAAAGAAACAGAGAGGCAAAUUUAUCAGCAAGAUGAUACAAUGGAGAAUUCCAAACUUAAGUGUGAAUGUCUUGAAACUGAAAUCAAGUCAAUACAUAAAGAAAAUAUAAAGCUUAAGUUUGAUAUAGAAACAGCUAAAGAAGAUUAUGAGAAACACGUGAUAAAAUAUAAUGAAUAUUAUGCAAAAAUUAAUGGACAUAAAGAUAGCUUGGGGGAGAUAGAAAGCAAAUGGUCAUUUGUGACUGACCUUAAUGAAAAACGAGCUCUUGUUAAACAGCUAAAGAUAAAGAAAGAUGAAUUAAUGCAAGAUCUCCAAAAUCCAGGAGGGAGCCAAAUAACACAAGUACAGGAAGAUAUUUCAAAGCUAAAGAAUGAAAUUAUAGCUGUAAAAGAAACUAUCAUUGAAAAAACAUGUUUUCUUCUUGAAGAAAAAAAGACACAUGAAAAAUUAAGAAAAGACAUAGAGGUACAACAUAAAAGAUAUGAUGCAAUUCUUAAGCGUUUGCAUUGUCAGGUGAACAGGCUUCAAUCAAAUAGAAGACAAUGGCAAUGGAACAUUGAGCAAUUGGAAAAAACUGCAGCUGAAUUAAGAAAAUGCAUUGGAAUGAAAGAGUAACUGCCAUAGGACAAUGUGGACCAACCAAAAUUAUGAAACUUUGGUGUUUUUUCUCCUUUCUUUUGGCAGUAUUAGAUUGAACUCCAGAUGUUAUGCUUGCGAGGCAAGAGCUCUACCACUUGAACCAACCCUCCAUUCCCUUUGUAUUUCUAAGAACUACUCCCCAUGUCAGAGGCCUGUUUUAAUAGAUUUC